CAGUUAACCCAUUUUAUUGCCGAGUCCAUUGCAUAGUUUAUAAAGACUUUCAUAGACUUCUCUCUCUGUGUCUCUUUCUCUUUCUCUUUCUCUCUCUUGGAAUUCAUGGUUAGAGGUGGUGGACUCCAAUCCAUGGAUUCAGAUCCAAUUGGGAGCUUCUUCCUCCACAAGCCAAUUGUUCUCAACUCUUUCCCAGCUGAAGACACAAACAACAAGUGGAAAAAACAUAGUCUCCACCACAACAUGGAUGCCACAGCUAGCAAUACCAAAGAUAACACCAUCCCCUUUCAAGUCAGCCUUAGAUGUUCUCCAAACAAUCAUGAUGAUGCCUCUUCACCACCAUCUCUCCACAACAACAGAACCGAGAUGGACUUAUUCUCCGACAAGAAUAGUACCAAAGAUGAUGACAACAACAACAACAAGGUUGAUGCUUCUGCCUCUCUCCCCGACAAUGAUCAUCAUUCCACCACUCCACCCACGUUGGAAUUCAAACUAAACACUGGUGGUCUAAAUCUUCUUACUACCAACACUAACAGUGAUCAAUCUAUGGUGGAUGAUGAGAUAUCACCCAAUUCAGAAGACAAAAGAGCUAAGAAUGAGAUGGCUGUUCUUCAAGCUGAUCUUGAAAGAAUGAAGAGGGAGAAUCAAAAGUUGAGGGACUCGCUUGAUGAGGUUACCACCAAUUACAGCGCGCUUCAGAUGCAUUUUAUGAAUCUGAUGCAAGAGCGAAAGGGAGAGGAAGGUGAAGAAGAACAAGAAGAAGUGUAUGGUGGAGAGAAGAAGCAGCAAUUAGGUGAGAGUGGUGGUGAUGGAAUAUUAGUUCCAAGGCAGUUUAUGGAUCUUGGGUUGGCUGCUAAUAAUGGUACUAGCACUGGUAUUGAACCCUCUUCUUCAUCAGGAGGAAGAAGCCAAGAUCGAUCAAGAUCACCCAACGUAGAAGUGGCUUCCAAGGAAUUAGGGACAAAUGAUGAAGAAGAGAAGAAAGAGUAUGGUAGAGGGAUAGAGAGAGAGGAUGAUAGUCCCUCAGGGCAUGCUCAUAAAGUUCCAAGGUUCAGUCCUCCAAAGGAUAAUAAUAAUAAUAGUGUUGAGGCUGAGGCUACUAUGAGGAAGGCAAGAGUUUCUGUUAGAGCUCGAUCAGAGACACCCAUGAUUGCUGAUGGGUGUCAAUGGAGAAAGUAUGGGCAGAAAAUGGCCAAAGGAAACCCAUGUCCUAGAGCUUAUUAUAGGUGUAGCAUGGCAUCGGCUUGCCCAGUUAGAAAACAGGUACAAAGGUGUGCUGAAGAUAGAACAGUCCUUAUCACAACCUAUGAAGGAAAUCACAACCACCCUUUGCCUCCAACAGCCAUGGCAAUGGCACAAACCACAUCCUCAGCAGCAAGAAUGUUGCUUUCUGGAUCAAUGUCAAGUGCUGACAGCAUAAUGAAUGCAAACUUCCUCACAGGGACACUCCUUCCUUGCUCUUCAAGCAUGGCCACUAUCUCAGCAUCUGCUCCAUUCCCAACUGUUACAUUAGACCUAACUCAUUCUCCAAACCCUCUACAGUUCCCAAGGCAGCAGCAUCCAAACCAGUUGCAGAUUGGUGUCCCUCAGAAUAAUUUUGCAAACUCCCCGGCAGCAUCUUUACUGCCUCAGAUAUUUGGACAAGCACUGUAUAACAACCAAUCAAAGUUUUCUGGCCUACAAAUGUCAUCAUCACAUUAUGAUGCAGACCCUUCUUCACAAUUUGGUAAUAACCAAUUACCACCUCAUCAGGUUGUUCCACCACACCUUGCUGACACAGUUGGUGCUGCCAUUGCUACUGACCCGAAUUUCACUGCAGCAUUGGCAGCAGCUAUCACUUCCAUUAUUGGUGGUGCUCCGCUACAACACAGCAACAGUAGUAAUAAUAAUAAUAGUAACAGUAACAAUAAAGGCAACAUGACAGCCAACAACAGCAACAAUGGCAAUGGCAAUGUCGCCAGUAGUAGCAACAACAACUGCAACAACGGAAAGCAAUAAAAUCAGCAAUUCCAAUAGGGAAUUUAGUUGACCCUCUUUCAUUUUUUUUUUACAGGAUUAAUUCAAUUUGAUUAAAUUAAGUUGGUUUUAUGACCUUUUAAUUUGUUUAUUUGUUUUUUUUAUUUGGGAUUCAGGAAAGCGUUACUAUUUGACAUAGAUAAUUUUUUAUUUGGUUAUAGACUUUAAAUCAUCA